CAUUUCCGCUUCCGCUCCGCGCGCCGACGACGUUCCCUCUCCGUCCGUGGAAGCCUCUGGCGCGGCCUGGCCUGGCCUGGCCUUGCCUGGCUGAGGAGAGAGGCCGCCGGGCCGACCACCGGGCCAAGGCACCUUUUCUUAAAGAUGGCGCUCUCCAAGAGGGAGCUGGAUGAAUUGAAGCCAUGGGUGGAGAAAACAGUGAAGCGGGUGCUUGGCUUCUCUGAGCCCACUGUUGUCACUGCUGCACUAAACUGUGUUGGGAAGGGAAUGGACAAGAAGAAAGCAGCUGAUCAUCUUAAACCCUUCCUGGAUGAUUCCACCCUGCGGUUUGUUGAUAAGCUCUUUGAAGCAGUCGAAGAAGGCCGAAGUUCCCGGCACUCUAAGUCGAACAGUGACCGGAACCGGAAGAGGGAACUGAAGCACCCUCUUCCCACAAGCGGGGCUGCAUCCUUCCCAAAGAUACCGCAGGAUGUCUUUGGUGAUGACUCCGAAAUUUCCAAGGAGUCUUCGGGAGUCAAGAAGCGGCGCAUCCCUCGCUUUGAAGAAGUGGAGGAGGAGCCCGAGGUGAUCCCUGGCCCCCCAACCGAAAGCCCGGGGAUGCUGACCAAGCUGCAGAUCAAGCAGAUGAUGGAAGCAGCAACACGGCAGAUCGAGGAGAGGAAGAAGCAGCUGAGCUUCAUCAGUCCCCCUGCACCUCAGCCUAAAGCUCCAGCGACGACCCAGGCUGAGCGCCUCCCCAUCGGCAACACCAUCCAGCCCUCGCAGGCUGCCACCUUCAUGAACGAUGCUAUUGAGAAGGCUCGGAAGGCGGCCGAGCUGCAGGCUCGAAUCCAGGCUCAGCUGGCUCUGAAACCUGGGCUCAUUGGCAACGCCAACAUGGUUGGGCUGGCCAACCUGCACGCCAUGGGCAUUGCACCGCCGCCCAGGAAAGUGGAGCUGAAGGACCAGACCAAGCCAACGCCGCUGAUUCUGGAUGAGCAGGGCCGCACAGUGGACGCCACCGGCAAGGAGAUUGAGCUGACGCACCGCAUGCCCACCCUCAAGGCCAACAUCCGGGCCGUCAAGAGGGAGCAGUUCAAGCAGCAGCUCAAAGAGAAGCCGUCUGAGGACAUGGAGUCCAACACCUACUUCGAUCCCCGCGUCUCCAUCACCCCAGCUCAGCGGCAGAAGAGGACCUUCAAGUUCCACGACAAGGGCAAAUUUGAAAAGAUCGCGCAGAGGCUGCGGACGAAGGCCCAGUUAGAAAAACUCCAGGCAGAAAUCUCACAAGCUGCCAGGAAGACUGGAAUUCACACCUCUACCAAACUGGCUCUUAUUACCCCCAAGAAGGAGCUGAAGGAAGGUGACAUCCCUGAGGUGGAGUGGUGGGACUCAUAUAUCAUUCCCAACGGCAUUGAUUUAAAAGCUGCUGAAAUGCUUAAAAGAGAGGACUAUUUCGGCAUCACGAAUCUGGUGGAGCAUCCGGCCCAGCUGAACCCACCAGUGGACAGUGACACGCCGGUGACUCUGGGAGUCUAUCUAACCAAAAAGGAACAGAAGAAACUGCGGCGCCAGACCCGCCGGGAAGCCCAGAAGGAGCUGCAGGAGAAAGUGAGGCUGGGCCUCAUGCCGCCUCCUGAACCAAAAGUUCGAAUUUCAAACCUGAUGCGAGUUCUGGGAACAGAAGCUGUUCAGGACCCAACCAAAGUAGAGGCGCAUGUUCGAGCACAGAUGGCUAAAAGGCAGAAAGCUCACGAAGAGGCGAAUGCGGCACGAAAGCUCACCGCAGAGCAGAGGAAAGCGAAAAAGGUGAAAAAGCUUAAGGAAGACAUUUCACAGGGAGUCCACAUAGCUGUGUAUAGAGUGCGAAAUUUAAGCAACCCAGCAAAGAAAUUCAAAAUCGAAGCAAAUGCCGGACAGCUGUACCUCACCGGAGUCGUGGUGUUGCAUAAAGACGUCAACGUGGUGGUGGUAGAAGGAGGCCCUAAAGCACAGAAGAAAUUCAAACGGCUCAUGCUGCAUCGAAUAAAGUGGGAUGAACAGACAUCAAACACAAAGGGAGACGAUGACGAUGAAUCUGAUGAGGAGUCUGUGAAAAAGACAAACAAAUGUUCUCUGGUUUGGGAGGGCACAGCAAAGGAGCGCAGCUUUGGGGAAAUGAAAUUCAAGCAGUGCCCCACUGAGAAUAUGGCACGGGAGCACUUUAAAAAGCAUGGGGCAGAGCACUAUUGGGACCUGGCUCUGAGCGAGUCGGUGUUGGAAUCCACAGACUGAAACCAUUUUAUGAGCCCCUGUUUACAGCAAUUUGCAGUGUCAGUUUUGAGAAGCAAAGAACUCAGCUGAAACUUUGGACUUAGAGCUUCCUCCCUUUUCUCCCCUCAAGUUCCUCACAGUAUAACACAUAUGAUUAAAAGAAAUAUUUUUCAAAAACAGAUCAAAACUACACAGGAUUUUUUGUUUUUCUUUUCUUUUUGAACUGAAACAGUUCAUGGAUUUUGAUGUGUGCUCCUUAGCUUUCCUGUCAUGCUCUCUGGAAAGAAUUCAGCUUUGAGGCCAUGGAAAAACAGUGAAAGAAAUCUAUUUCCAGCUACAUCAUCUUUCCUCUCCAAACCUUGUUGGCCUCUAAAGAUAUGCAGCUCUUUUUUUUUUUAAAUUUUUGGCUUCUUUUUUUCCAGUUCUGUAGGUUUGAUGGGACACUAGGUGACAAAGCAAGAUGCCCGACGAAGGGGAGAAAGAAGGACUCAGGGAGGAGGGGGAGCUGUGUGGGGGUCAGUUACCAACUCCAAUGGACACAAGGGUGCAGUUCACAAUGUUGGAAAAUUGUACAGCAGUUUAGGAGCUGGGGAUUUAGCCCGCAUCCUACAUCCACAUAAUAAACUUUUUUUGUAAGAAGUUGAAAAA